AGCCAUAUCAAUGAAUGCGAUGCUCUGCUGCAGUUCAGCAGUUCAUUCACUGUCACAGGAGAUGCCUCAUAUGAGUACUGCGACGACUAUGGGCCCAUUACGACUUCAUAUCCAAAGACAGCCUCGUGGAAGAGUGGCUCUGAUUGCUGCUCGUGGGCUGGAGUCACUUGCCACCCAGUGGCACAUAGAGUGAUUGGGCUCGAUCUCAGUUGCAGUCAGCUCAAAGGUACCCUCCAUUCCAACAGCACCCUCUUUUUGCUCCCCAGUCUUCGGCGGCUCAACCUCGCUGGUAACGAUUUCUAUGGCUCACAAGGAAUUUUACCAAGGUUCGGUAUCUUUACCAGAAUGGCUCAUCUGAAUCUCUCUCAUUCUUACUUCUCCGGGCCCAUUCCACUAGAAAUUUCUCACCUCUCCCGCCUAAUUACACUCGAUCUCUCGGGCAUCUUUGACCUAACCAAAGAAUUAGAUAACCGUAGUUUCAGAUGGUUCACACAUAAUCUCACACAGUUGAGAGAACUUAAUCUUGAUGGUAUCGACAUGUCUAGAGUUUCUCCUAUGUCUCUAGCGAACUUCUCUUCUUCCGGUUUGACAUCUUUGAGCCUUUCUGGCUGCAAUCUGAGAGGGAUAGUUCCGAUUGACAUCUUCCAUCUCCCAAACCUCCGCAGUCUCUCUCUUUCUGAUAAUUAUUAUCUCACGGGCACUCUACCCCAGACAAAAAACUGGACUAGUCCGCUCGUCUCCUUAAACCUAUCAUCGACAGAGUUCAGUGGGUCAAUUCCUGCUUCAGUGGGGAAUCUGACAUCCAUGACCAUUUUGGACCUCCGUUUUGCCCAAUUUACCGGUUCGAUCCCACUGACAUUUGGAAACCUUGUCCACCUCACCCACUUGGACCUCGGGUAUAACAUGAUCAGUGGAGGGAUUCCUGAAUGGUUUUGGAGAGUAGGGAGGGACACAUUGACAUACUUGGACUUCGCAUACAACAAUUUUAAUGGUCCUCUACCUGACCUUCCUCCUUCGAUGGUGAACUUCUAUGCCUCAAGCAACAAUUUCUCUGGAGAGAUCCCAUCUUCAAUCUGCCGAGCCAAAUCACUAAAUCAUCUUGAUCUCUCAAUCAACAAACUCAGUGGCACCAUUCCGAGAUGUUUAGGUGAUUUAAAAAGUCUCUCGUCGUUCGAUGCCUCAAGCAACAAUUUCUCUGGAGAGAUCCCAUCUUCAAUCUGCCAAGCCAGUUCGCUAGAAGAACUUGUACUCUCAAACAACAGAUUCAACGGCACCAUUCCGAGAUGUUUGGGUGAUUUAAAAAGUCUCUUGUUGUUCGAUGCCUCAAGCAACAAUUUCUCUGGAGCGAUCCCCUCCUCAAUUUGCCAAGCCAAAUCACUAGAAGAACUUGUACUCUCAAACAACAGACUCAGCGGCACCAUUCCGGGAUGUUUGGGUAAUUUAAAUAGCCUCUAUGCCUCAAAUAACAGUUUGACUGGAGAGAUCCCAUCUUCAGUCUGCCAGAUGGGAAAUUUAAGCCGCCUCUUCCAAUUGGAUUUGAGCUACAAUCUAUUACAAGGUCCAUUGCCACAAUCUCUAGCAAACUGUACAAGCUUGCAGAGUUUAAAUGUCAGUCACAAUGCAAUAAUUGAUACAUUCCCGCGCUGGCUAAAUGCUUUCUACGGGUUGGAGACUCUAGAUUUACAGUCCAACAGGUUUCAUAGAGCCAUUGAAAUUCCCCUCCCUCCGCAAAUUUCAUACUUGAGCCUAUCCAACAAUGAGCUUUCUGGACAGUUGCCAAUAAAUUUCCUCUUGAAUUCAACUGUUUAUUUUAUUGACUUAGCCAAUAAUAGUUUUAAAGGACCUCUCCCGAUUCCAUCACCAUCCAUUCGUUACUAUUCCAUUUCAAAAAAUGAGUUCAAUGGAGACAUUCCUUAUCAGCUCUGCAGCGCCACUCAGCUAGAGAUUAUCAACCUGUCCAAUAACUGCUUGACUGGCACCAUUCCUCACUGUUUGAUGAACUUUAUUGACUCCCUAUCUGUAUUGGAUCUACAAGGAAAUCAAUUUGUAGGUCAGAUACCAGAGAUAAUUUCCCCAGGAAACAAUUGGGUCAGGAAAAUCCGCUUAGGUCAAAAUCAACUCGGAGGGAUGUUGCCACGAUCUUUGACAAGUUGCAAGAAUUUGGAAGUUUUGGAUCUCGGUGAAAAUGAGUUAGAGGGCCACUUCCCUUACUAUUUGGAUACCCUUCCUUAUCUGCAAGUUCUUAUCCUGAGGUCCAACAUGUUUCGUGGUCCUGUGGAUAGUUCCAAGAGAACUAGUCAUCCCUUCCCAAAGUUACGCAUUUUGGACCUCUCUGACAACAGCUUCUCCGGUCGACUGCCAGCUGAGUACAUUGCCAACUUAAUAGCUAUGAAGAAUGAAGAGAAAUGUGGUUUACAUUAUAUGGGUCAGGACUACUAUGAAGAUACGAUCUCAGUGGUCAUGAAAGGGACGGAGUUGGUGCUGGUGAAAAUUAUGACCGUGUUCACAACCAUCGACCUGUCAAGGAACUUCUUCGAAGGAGAGAUCCCAGAAGCAAUCAGAGAUCUGAAGGCACUCAAGGGACUCAACAUUUCUCAUAACAAUCUGGCUGGCAGGAUCCCUCCUUCUGUGGGGAAUCUUACUAAUCUUGAGUGGCUGGACCUAUCCUCGAACAAGCUCAAUGGGGAGAUCCCCAGAGGAUUGGCGAAUCUUACGUACCUCACCACCUUGAAUCUCUCGUAUAACCAGCUCGUGGGACCGAUUCCUCAUGGCCCGCAAAUGGAUACAUUCAACCACUCCUUCGACGGGAAUCCUGGCUUGUGCGGUCCUCCAUUGUCAAAUCCAUGUGACACUUUGGAGCAGUCACCACCGCAUUCAACUUCCCCUGAAGAAGAAGAAGGGCAAUGGAUUGAAUGGAGGGCAGUGGCAAUGGGCUGCGGAUGCGGACUCAUCCUCGGGAUAUCCGUAGGAUAUACUAUGCUGGAAACCGGGAGACCAAGAUGGUUGGUGAGAAUGGCUGAGAGGAAAAGGCAUAGGAAAACAAACAGGCUGAACAGAAAUGCGGCUCCGAGAAAUCUUCUCAGGAGGAGCACCAUAGGCCAAUGAGAUGGGAGACCAGGCAAAAAAUGGUACGUGGAGGCUCCAUCGAGAGGAGUGGCAAUUUAUCGGUGUGAAGAAGAAAGCUAAACAACUCUAUUCCAUAAGCAUUUUUACUUUUGUUCUUAUUUUGGGUUUGAAGUGGAAUGGCAAUACCAAUGUGCCUUCUCAGCUGAAUCUUAAUCAUAAUAUGGAAUAUCCUUUUUGUCUCGAUAAA